UUUUUUUCAGGAUAGAAGAGUGCUUCCUAUGCAACGAUGAUCGUAUUCACUUUAUUUCUUGUUUUCUGGUAUUUUCCGGACAAAGUUGACUCGACAAUUUCCUGCUAUUUCUGUCAAGGGCAACCAGCGUCUUUUUGUUUACAGAAAAAAGUAACAUGUCCUCCAGAUCACAUGUGUUUUAUGGAGUCGAUAACUUCCAGUAGGAAUGAGACUUUGUUUGUGGCGGGAUGUCGUACUAGAAAAUUAUGUUCAUGGAUGGUCUCCCCUGUUGGAAGACGAUCAAUCGUAGACCAGUGUGCCCAAUGCUGCGAUGCUACGUCAUCACCACUUUGUAAUGGGCGUCUAUGUAAAUUCAACGAUAAAGGUAAAUGCCGUGUGUGUUCAGGGCUUCAUCAUGAUGCGCAAAUCUGUCCGAUCUCUCAAUGUGCCGACAACGAGAUGUGUUUUACUGGAACAAGAUAUAUAGGAGGAACCAUGUUAAGAGUGUAUGGCUGUGAAAGUACGCGAAUGUGUGAAGCUCUGGCCAGAGCCAUUGCAGCCACUCAUCCCAGUAGACGUAUCGUUGAUGGCGACCAUGGUUUACACACGUGUGAUGCAUGCUGCAACGGUAACGACUGUAACGCCAGGGAUUGCGAAGACCUUGCCAAAGGUGGAUUAUUGUUUUUAUUCUAACUCAACAUUUGAUAUCGAAAUGCCUCUUUUACUUAAUACGACAGCACAUGUUACUGGAUAACAACUGUACACUUCUAUGUUAAUAUAAACAUACACUUCUUUUUAUGAAAUAAAAAAAGAUUAAAAAUAA